CUGAACAGCAUCAGGUACAAGGCAAGUCCUCUCAUAUACUCGUUCGUGUAUGUGGAGUGCAUUAUCGGUGUUGCUAAUUUCCAAGACGUUACGGCAUCGGGUAGGGCGCUGCAGUGCGGGCCCGAGGGUCUCCGCGGGGGUGAGGAGGGCGCGGGGCGAGGGCCGGGAGGGGGAAGGCCGGGGGGGGGGGGGGCAGGCCGCGACCCGGUCACGAGUCACGAGUCGCGAGUCGUCAGUGCGGCCGCGGCGCUGGCCGGCGCUGGCCGCUUACAUCGUAUCGGAUAG